AUGGAGGAAUACAGCAAGCAGACCCGAAUCGACCGUGAACGAGCGUUAUGGUCACGCAUUGCCGCAAUAGCGGCUAAUGGAACGAAUACUCGCUCAAAACGCCAGAUAACGUGGUUGUCUGUUUCAAAACCGACUGUGCUUUCGCCAUAUAUGUUUUCUCCAGUGUUCGGGCUGACCGUUCUGGGACCAGUGGUUUUGUCGCCUUCGUUAUUCUCUCCGCUUCUACUCAACCCGGCAGUUCUAUCACCAUAUGUGCUAUCGCCCGCUGUCGGCAUGCCAUUCAUAAUCUCUCCGUACCUAUUGUCGCCCUACGUGCUAUCUCCUUUAGUGAUGGCUCCAUUUAUUCUGAAUCCAUACGUCCUUUCACCGAAUGUUAUUAAUCCUUACGUGCUUUCACCAUUGAUUCUUAGCCCUUUGGUUCUUUGUCCUGAUCUCGUCUCUCCAAUGGUUCUCGGUGGUUCCAUCCUUUCUCCUGGUGUUCUCUCACCGUCUGUGCUUUCUAAAAGCUUCUUGAUGGUGUCUGUACUGUCUCCUACUGUUCUUUCAUGA